AUGAAUAAAAUCAGCUAAAAUCUUGUAGGAUACUAAGAAGCUAAAUAUAAGCUUGCUUUGCAUCUUCAAAAAAGGAAAAAAAUCAAAGAGUUGUACAGAAUGAAAGGUGUCUAAAUGCUCGAUAAGCCUGAGUUAAUCAUUUCUGAUAUCUAAGAACCUAAGUUAAAGCCUUAUUAAGCUUUAAUUUAUUAGACUAUGAAAAGCGAAUUAAGUAAAAAAGGCUACUCUGAUUUUAGAUUUUUAGGACAGGGAGUAUAGGGAUUAGUUUUGUUAGCAAAAGAUUCGAAAACUAACAUGAGGUAUGCCAUCAAAGGUGUUUAAGUUAGAGAUCCUCAAGGUAAUCUUGACGAAGAUCUUAACAAUCGAGUGAAACAAGAAGUAGAAAUUCUCAAAAAAUGUAGAGACUCUCCUUAUGUAGUCAGUCUUAUAGAUUAAUUUGAGGGAUAACAAUUUAGUUACUUAGUUCUAACUGAGUGUUAAGGUACAAAUAAUACUCAUUUCUUUUUUAAAUUAAUUAAUCAAACCGCUUUAUUGAAAGUCUUUAAUGCAAAAUUAAAUGCUAUAAAUAAUAAGGAACUCUCACCUAGAUUUUAGAAAGGAACUAAAACAAAAGACUGA